CCUUCUUCUUUUCCCAAUAUUUUACACAAAUGAGGCAGGCUGCCUCCUUUUUUCUGCUCUGCUGAUUGCCCCGUUCUCAUCAUCAGUCACUCACUCCCAUUCUCUUCAUUCUCUUCUAUCUUUGGUAUUUUUGGAUUUGGGUUUUGGAGAUAGAGAAGGGAAAUGGCGGGAGGAGGAGGAGCAGCAGCACCAAAGCAGGAUGAGUUGCAGCCUCAUCCAGUGAAGGAUCAGCUACCCAAUGUCUCCUACUGCAUCACUAGCCCCCCUCCCUGGCCUGAGGCCAUUCUUCUGGGUUUCCAGCAUUACCUAGUUAUGCUGGGAACUACAGUUAUCAUUCCCACUGCCCUCGUUCCUCAGAUGGGUGGAGAUAAUGACGAGAAAGCUCGGGUUAUUCAAACUUUACUUUUCGUCGCUGGUUUAAACACUCUAUUACAGAGUUUCUUUGGAACUCGUCUACCUGCUGUAAUUGGAGGAUCCUACACAUUUGUGGUGCCUACUAUCUCCAUCAUCUUGGCUGGCCGCUACAGUGAUAUCCAAGAUCCUCAUGAGAAAUUUAUACGCAUUAUGCGUGGAACCCAAGGUGCCUUGAUUGUAGCUUCAACACUUCAGAUUGUCGUUGGUUUUAGCGGCCUUUGGCGCAAUGUUACUAGAUUUCUGAGUCCACUCUCAGCAGUUCCUCUAGUCGCCUUGACUGGAUUUGGUCUGUAUGAGUUGGGUUUUCCUGGGGUCGCUAAGUGUAUUGAGAUUGGGCUCCCACAGCUAAUUUUGCUGAUAGUCUUUUCCCAGUACAUACCCCAUGCAAUACAUUCGGAGAAACCUGUCUUCGAUCGGUUUGCAGUCAUAUUUUCGGUGGCGAUUGUGUGGCUUUAUGCAUACUUUCUCACUGUCGGCGGAGCCUAUAAGAAUGCAGCUCCGAAAACACAAUUGCAUUGUCGUACUGAUAGUUCUGGGCUCGUUGGUGCAGCUCCUUGGAUAAGAGUUCCUUAUCCUUUUCAAUGGGGAGCCCCCACAUUUGAUGCUGGUGAAGCUUUUGCAAUGAUGGCUGCUGCAUUUGUUGGUGUUGUGGAGUCCACUGGCAGUUUCAUUGCUGUUUCAAGAUAUGCAAGUGCCACACCGUUGCCUCCAUCAAUUCUCAGUCGUGGUAUUGGGUGGCAGGGAAUUGGUAUCUUGUUGGAUGGGUUAUUUGGAACCGCAAGUGGAUCCACUGUUUCUGUGGAAAAUGCUGGUUUGCUUGCACUGACUCGCGUAGGAAGCCGAAGAGUUGUGCAGAUAUCUGCCUGUUUUAUGAUUUUCUUCUCUAUUCUGGGUAAAUUCGGAGCAGUUUUUGCAUCCAUUCCUCCGCCUAUCAUUGCAGCCCUUUACUGUCUUUUCUUUGCUUACGUGGGUUCCGUGGGUCUUAGUUUCCUACAAUUCUGCAACCUAAACAGCUUUCGGACCAAAUUCAUCCUUGGAUUUUCAUUAUUCAUGGGCUUAUCUAUUCCACAAUAUUUCAAUGAAUACACUUCUGUAGCUGGUUAUGGUCCAGUUCACACCCACGCUCGCUGGUUUAAUGACAUUAUCAAUGUCAUAUUCUCUUCAGAACCAUUUGUUGCGGGAUUUGUAGCUUUCUUCUUGGACAACACCCUUCAUAGGCAUGACAGUGCAUCGAGGAAAGACAGAGGUUAUCACUGGUGGAAAAAAUUCCGAUCUUUCAAGACUGACACAAGGAGCGAGGAAUUCUACUCCUUGCCUUUUAAUCUCAACAAGUUUUUUCCAUCAGUGUGA